AUGGCCAGCGCUGGAUGGGGUGCUAGUAGUGAAGGAAAAUCCCGGGGAGCUAGCCCCCAGUCUAGAGGUCCAGCUGGGAGUGGGAGUGGGUGCGCUUCUUCCUCGGAGGGCCUGAGUUUUGGGUGUGCAAGAUUCACCGCACUUCUCCUCACUCCCCCCUCUUGUCUUUUCUUUUUUAAUAUAUCUAGGACUGAUCAGGACCGAGUGUCAUAGCUUGGUGGUCCCUUCAAGGCUGAAGGAGACCUUGCCAUGGCCGACGACGAUCUGUCCAGCGGCGCCUCCAUCCCCCUGGGCGACGGAUUUUGCGCCGCGUCGAGCGGAGACUCGGGCGCGCGCUGCCCGGACUCUUGCGAAAGCCCCGCGGCGCACUGCAACGUGCUCAGCUGGGAGCAAGUGCAGCGGCUGGACGGGCUGCUGAGCGAGACCAUCCCGAUCCACGGGCGCGGCAACUUCCCCACCCUGGAGCUGCAGCCCAGCCUGAUCGUCAAGGUGGUGCGUCGGCGGCUGGCCGACAAGUGCAUCGGUGUGCGCGACGUGCGCCUCAACGGCUCGGCCGCCAGCCACGUCCUGCACCAGGACAGCGGCCUGGGCUACAAAGAUCUGGACCUCAUCUUCUUCGCCGACCUGCGCGGCGAGCAAGAGUUUCAGACGGUGAAGGACGUCGUGCUCGACUGCCUUUUGGACUUCUUGCCUGAAGGGGUGAACAAAGAGAAGAUCACCCCCCUCACGCUCAAGGAAGCUUAUGUGCAGAAAAUGGUUAAAGUGUGCAAUGACUCUGAUCGAUGGAGUCUUAUCUCCCUAUCAAACAACAGUGGCAAAAAUGUGGAACUGAAAUUUGUGGAUUCCCUCCGGAGGCAGUUUGAAUUUAGUGUAGAUUCUUUUCAAAUCAAAUUAGACUCUCUUCUCCUCUUUUAUGAGUGUUCAGAGAAUCCAAUGACUGAAACAUUUCACCCCACCAUAAUUGGCGAAAGCGUCUAUGGAGAUUUCCAGGAAGCCUUUGAUCACCUUUGUAACAAGAUCAUUGCCACUAGGAACCCGGAAGAAAUCAGAGGGGGAGGCCUGCUAAAGUACUGCAACCUUUUGGUAAGGGGGUUUAGGCCUGCCUCUGAUGAGAUCAAGACCCUACAGCGGUAUAUGUGUUCCCGAUUUUUCAUUGACUUCUCAGACAUCGGAGAACAGCAGAGAAAACUGGAGUCCUAUUUGCAGAACCACUUCGUGGGAUUAGAAGACCGCAAGUAUGACUAUCUCAUGACCCUACACAGAGUGGUGAAUGAAAGUACAGUGUGCCUGAUGGGACAUGAAAGAAGACAGACUUUAAACCUUAUUACAAUGCUGGCUAUUCGGGUGCUAGCUGACCAAAAUGUCAUCCCUAAUGUGGCUAAUGUCACUUGCUAUUACCAGCCGGCCCCCUAUGUAGCAGAUGCCAACUUCAGCAAUUACUACAUUGCCCAGGUUCAGCCAGUAUUCACAUGCCAGCAGCAGACAUACUCCACUUGGCUACCCUGCAAUUAAGAAUUAUUUAAAAAUGCCCUGUGGGAAGCCAAUUCAAACAAUAUGGGAAAACCAAAAUGAAAUAAAUAAAAA